GUUCAAGGUGUCCAGUCGCUUCAGGGGCUCCAGUUGUCCCAGGGACAGGGGCAAGCCCAACAACUGACCCUUGCCCCGGUCCAGACCCUUCCCAUGGGCCAGGCAGGCCAGGUGGGCCUACCCAACCUCCAGACGGUCACGGUUAACUCAGCAACACAAAGUGGAAUACAGUACGCACAGGGAGAUGAGACCCUGAGUCCAGCUGGUACAGCCAUAGGUAUUCGCAUAAAGGAGGAGCCCGACUCAGAGGAGUGGCAUCUGAGCAGAGACACUACGCUGAACACCAGCGACCUGAGCAACCUGCGGGUUCAGUUAGGAGAUGAUGACAUGGAGACGCAGAGCGGGGAGGGCAAGAGGCUCCGCAGAGUGGCUUGCACCUGCCCCAACUGCAAAGAGUCAGGAGGAAGGGGCUCAGGCACGGGCAAGAAGAAGCAGCACAUCUGCCACAUCCCCGGCUGCGGRAAGGUCUACGGGAAAACGUCUCACCUGCGAGCUCACCUGCGCUGGCACAGCGGGGAGAGACCCUUCGUCUGCAACUGGAUGUACUGCGGGAAGAGGUUCACCAGGAGCGACGAGCUGCAGAGACACAGGAGGACACACACAGGAGAGAAGAAGUUUGUGUGCUCCGAGUGCUCCAAGAGGUUCAUGCGCAGCGACCACUUGGCCAAGCACAUAAAGACUCACCAGAACAAAAAGGGCACCGUCCCCUCCUCCACGCCUCCGCCCACCAGCGACGCCGUCAUCACCACGGACGGAACCACGCUCAUCCUCCAGACCACCACCGCUCACGACCUUGUAGCCAAUCAGGAAAUCCCUCUGCAGCUGGUCACUGUGGCGCCUGGUGAGGUUUUGGAAUAAAAAGGUGGGACGAGGGGGGAUUUCUAAGAACUGGCCAAUCAAAGACUUCUUGAGCGUUUCUUUUACCUUCCUCUUUUUUCUCCUUAUUUUUUUUUUUUUGUUUGUUUUUGUUUUUUAAACAUAUGGAUAUAUACGUAAAUAUAUAUGACAAAUAUAUAUAUUUUAAGUGAGAGUUACCUUGACUUUAUGUUUGUUUUUUGCAGUCUUUUUAUAGGGGUUUAAAAAAAGGACAUUAAAAUGUGAUUGCUAUGUACACACGCAUAAAACACGAGACAAAAAACAAACACAAAUUAACACUCGACAUGAAAACUCAACACGAAGAAAUGCCUUACUUUGUAUUAUACUCUUGUAUAAAAUGCUGGAGGUGCAUGUGUGUUUUUUUGUUUGUUUGUUUSUUUUUAUAUUUGUUUUGUUUUUAAGCUUUGCAGAUGAUGCAACUGUAACAAAGAUGGGGAUGCACCGAUGCCAGUAUCAAGUACCCAAUACUUGUAUUCCGAUAGUACUAAUACCACUUUACUGCAUCGUGACUUSGGCCUCUAAGCUGAGCAGUCAGGAGGUAGUUCCUCUCCUCAUCAGUUAGUGGCAGUAAUGCACCAUGAAGCUGUUUGCUAGCUGCUAAUAAACAACAAUUUCAAAGAGAGAAAUAAAAGUAAAGCAGACCGCCAAAAAACAAACGAUUUUAUGAAAUAUAGACCCAACAUGGCACAAAGUUCUAUUUAUUAUUUUUAUAUUGGUAUAUGUGCGUUAAAGUUGAUGCUUCGUAUUUAAUAAACACGUUUUGAUUCGUUUGAAGUCCAGUCUUAAGAAAAUUAAAAAUAUAUUAAAGCUUCUAUUUUAGCAGUCAGGUCUAAAUAUAAACAGCUAAAUGUUUUGAUUCAGGAACACAGAAUCGGUCUGUUAGUACAGGCGCCCCCUGCAGACAAGAGGCUAGUUACUGCAAACAUCCUGUUUUUUAAUGCGUUUUAUAUCAAAUCAAAAUUAAAUGUAAACUAAAUAUAURCAAAUACCUCCAGAAAAACAACAUAAAAGUAUCUAAGAUGGAAUAAGUCCGACAUCAGUUGUAUUGAGUCUAAAAUGAAUAAUAUUUGUUCAGUUUUACAUUUGGUCAUGCCUAGGRUUGGGCAUAAUCGUAUCGUGUGCAAUUAAUCAUCAGAAAGUCAUUAAUCGAUUAUUUUUUGGCACUUGAUGAGUAAUACGAUUAAUUCCGUCAGGCAGAGUCCGCUCGGUGCUCCUCUCUGCUUCAAAUAUGACGAACAUUAAAAAA